ACAAGUGGGCGUGCAAGCAUUAUAUUUACUGUCUUCCGCUGUAAAAACUUGUGCCAGGACUCGGGUUUCGUUGUGCUCUCUUCGUCCACGACUUUGCGUGGCACCUAGGGCAUUCCAGACACGUUUGUGCAUAGCCAUCAGGAUACUGGCUUGCUGACUUUAUUGUAUAGCCCACAAAAAUGUUGCUCGCCAAAACCAUGCAUCCUUGCGCGAGCCCCGCCAGCGCUCGCCCGGCCAGCGCACGCUACCCAGUAGGCCUUGCAUCUCGCCAUCAUCAUUCGCACUCUGUCGCCUGCCGGGCCACACCCGAGGGCCCGGUCGGCACCUCGGAGCCACCCGCCUCGUCUGAGGCGCCUGGUGCUCCCCCGCCAGCUGGCACCCCCGCCCAGCCCGCCCAGCCCAAGGAGGCCCCGCGCGGCGGCGAUGGCGUGCAGCGCUGGCUGAGCGGGCGUGUGGACCUGCCCGCCGGCUACCGCACCAGUCGCCGCGACCUGCUCAAGCUGGUGUCGCUGGCGGGCGGCGCCGGCUGCCUGUGGGUGGCGGGCACCCGGCUGGAGGCCAUGAAGUACGCCUCCCCCGCCGCCCUGAUGAACGCACUGGCGCCGCCGCCGGACCCCUCCGCGGCGGUGGCGGGCGGGGGUGACAGGGUGGCCGCCUUCAAGCGCUAUAUCGCCGACCUGGAGCGCAGGGGCGGAGGCAAGGAGGUUCCUGACUUCCCCCGCGGCGCCGACUGGCUCAACUCGGCGCCGCUCACCCUGACCGGCGCGCCCGCCUCCGCGCGCGGCAGCCUGACGGGCCGCGUGACGGUGCUGGACUUCUGGACCUACUGCUGCAUCAACUGCAUCCAUGUGCUGCCGGACCUGGCCCAGCUGGAGGCGCAGUUCGCGGGCGCACCGGUGUGUGUGGUGGGCGUGCACAGCGCCAAGUUCGACAACGAGAAGGACAGCCCUCUGCGCUACCCGGGCAAGCUGGCGACCGACCUGUCGGGCGGGCGGCUGUUCGUGUCCGACUCCAACAACCACCGGGUGGUCAUCACAGACCUGGCAGGCAACUUCAUCGAGGCAGUGGGAGGCAACGGCCCUGCGUUGCGCGACGGCUCGUUCGAGAUGGCGGCGCUGAACCGGCCGCAGGGCCUGGCCUACAGCCCGCGCCGCAACACGCUGUAUGUGGCGGACACGGAGAAUCACGCGGUCCGCGCUAUCGACCUCACCACGAAGACGGUGGUGACGCUGGCGGGCAACGGCACCAAGGGCCGGGACUAUCGCGGCGGCAAGGGCGGCAGCGCACAGCCGCUCAACUCGCCCUGGGAUGUGGCUCUGGAUGCCAAGGAGGAGUACCUGUACAUCGCGCUGGCGGGCCAGCACCAGAUCUGGGACCUGGAGCUGUCGUCUGGCCUGGCGGGUCUGUGCAGCGGGUCUGGUGCUGAGCGCAACCAGAACGGACCCACGCCCUUCACCACCAGCUGGGCCCAGCCCAGCGGCCUGUCACUGGCGGGAGACGGGAGCAACCUCAUGUACGUGGCUGACAGCGAGUCCUCCACGGUGCGGGUGCUGGACCUGUCCAGUGGCGGCAGCGGCCUCAAGGUGGGCGGAGACCCGCUCUUCAGCGACAACCUGUUCAGGUUCGGCGACAAGGACGGGUUCGGUCCCGAGGCGCUGCUGCAGCACCCGCUGGCGGUGCUCAGCUCGGAGGACGGCAGCGUGGUGUACGUGGCGGACUCGUACAACCACCGCAUCAAGGCGCUCAACCCCAACACCAACGAGAUCACCACACUGGCGGGCGGCGGCGCGGCGGGCUUCAGGGACGGCGUGGGGCGCGAGGCGGCCUUCAGCGAGCCCGCGGGGCUGGCGCGCGGCCCCGGCGGCACCGUGCUGGUGGCGGACACCAACAACGCGGCCAUUCGAGUUCUGGACCCAGCCACCAAAAAGGUGACGACGCUGGCCCUGACGGGUGUGCCGCCGCCGCGAGUGGACCCGCUCGCCGCCAUCUCCUCCGGGGCCGCCGCGCCCGCCGCCGUGCCCGCCGGCUUCCAACUGAUCCGCUCCAACACGCCGCUGGCGGUGCCGCUGGAGGGCGGCUCGGGGGGAGCGCCCGUGAGUGUGACAGUGGCGCUGCCGCCUGGAUACCACCUGACGGCGGGGGCGGGCAGCAACUACUACACGCAGGUGCUGCCGGGCGCACCGGGUGCGGACGUGACGGCGGUGACCGUGCGCCCCGCCUCCGGCUCCCUACCCGACACCGCCGCCCCCUCCGUCACACUCACCGUGUCGCCCAGCGCCGCCGCUGCUACAGCCGCCACCGGUGCCGCCGGCCAGGCGCAGCAGCUACUGCUGCGGGUGCUGGCCAAGGUGUACUACUGCCAGCAAAACGACGUGUGCCUGUUCGAGCAGAUCUGUUUCGAGGUGCCGCUGGUGCUGGGGGGAGCAGCCGGCGGGGCUGCUUCUGGUGCGGGCGGCGCUGGGGCGACCUCGGGCGCCUCGCUGCGCUUUGAGGUGGUGCCGGCGGCGCAGACGUCCUUCGUGCUACAGUAGACACAGGGCGCGGGGCACGUGGCAGGGGUUUGCACUUUGCAGAAGUUGUCUGGUUGUGCAGGGGGUGGCAGGAUUCUGCCUCGAGGCGUCAAGCUUGCGCGUGUGCGUCCUCAUGUGUGUGUGACGAGGCAGGGCAAGGGGCGUGGCAGUCCUGUGAAACGUUUGAGAGUUCUGAAUUGUUUGUAGAUUCUAUGUCCGGCUGGCAGUGCGUGCUGGAGUUCUGACCUGUGCUGCUUGUGAGCGAAGUUUUGAGAAAGCUGCAAAUGUGCUGCUGAACUGCAUCGCGCUGCGUAACUGGGAGCCUGCUGGGCUGGGAAAUGCCACGCCCGGAGGCCCGGACGGCAGGCGCCAAAACGCAGCCCGUACCAUCCCCGAUAUGGACUAGACGGGGGGGAUGCCGGGUCAGCAUCCUUGGCGGCGGUGGUACAGGAGGGGAGAGGCCAAAACAAAUUAGACUCCCGGGUUCCAGCGUUGAGAGAUGAUGGCGGGCACAUUUCAGACUUGAAUCAGUGUCCUUCACGCACCCCGAC